AUGGGCGACCACAAAAAUGCCGCCAAGGCCUCUGGAGAUGAAGACGGGGCGGGUGCAGAGGAACCGGGACGUCCGAUAAGAUUGACGUACAAUGUCGAAGGGGCCCGCGAACGUGAAAUGCACAUGUUUUACCCCUACUGGGGAAUCCCCCCGGUAAAGAAACGAUCCGCCAAUGCGUCUCGUGAUAAUGUCCUCACCGUGUUCGCGCAGCUGGCGACUCUCCGGCUGAACGCCAAGCGUGCCUUGAUCUCCCUCUUCGAUCGAACCACCCAAUACGUAGUAGCGGAAGCGACACCGCGCUACGACCUCCGCCGGCAUCACAAUCACCAACAGGACUCGAACGCCAAGGCGAAAUCUGGAACUUUGUGGCUUGGUGUGUGCCAGAUGUCUCGGGAACACAUGAGGAUGUGCGACCACGCGAUGAAAACCUUUGUGGACGAUCCUGAGGCCAUGUUCAUGGUGCGCGACUUGUCCAAGGAUUCCCGCUUUCAUGACCACCCUUCCGUGGUCGGACAUCCGAAUAACCGGUUCUACGUCUCGGUACCGAUCGUAUCCCCUGGGAAGCAUGUGAUCGGGAAUCUGGUGGUCAUCGAUGACAAACCGCGGGAUGGACUGGUCGAAGAGGAGAUCGUCUGCAUACGAGACUUGGCCUUGACCGUGAUCGACCAUUUGCAAUCCCAGCGAGCGAUGCGUGAAGAAUAUCGCGAAGAGAAGAUGGUCAAGGCCCUGGCCUUGUUCGUCAAUGGCAAGUCGGACCUUGGGGAAUGGAGCCAGAAUCAAGAUGGACGGCCAACGAAGAAGACGGGUGGUGCGUUGGUGGACAUGUCAGAGGUCAAGAAUCGCCUCGACGACCUCAAAGUUACCGACUCGGAGGAUGACUCUGUUCAAAACAAUGAGUCGGAGAAGAAACGGCAGAGUGAGACAGAUCCACCGUCUGACGAGCAAGAUCGGCAGCAGGAUGAGCCGGAAGAACAACAGGAUAAUACGGAUCAAGUUCAAGGUCGAUCGGAAAAGCAAGAUCAAGCGGAGCAGCAAGAUCAAUCAGAAUUACAGCAAAACGGGCUCUCCCCUACGACAAGUCGCCUACAAGAAUCGCUGGUUCCCUCCAAUGUGAGGACAAUUCUCAGCCGUGCUUCAAACCUGAUUCAUCAGGCCCUCGAUGUCGAGGGAACCAUGUUCCUCGAUGCAUCAGUCUAUGCGAGACGACAGUUGAUGGGCUCAACUAGCGACUUGCACGAAGAUCGCAAUCCUAGCCCCCGGAAGAGUUCGGGCGACAGCCAAUCGACCCCCGGGAAGAGUUCGGGCGACAGCCAAUUGACCCCCGGGAAGAAAGCGGCCAAGGAUCAGAACCUCGGAUCCGCCACCCUGGUGCUCGGUCACUCGACGAACGCUGGUCUAACGCAGGACCACGAGCCGAGCGAUCGACACUACGUCUCACUUUCGAGCGAACUGGUGAGUCGCAUCAUCGACCGCUAUUCGCGCGGAAAGAUCUUCCACAUCGAUGCGGACGGUACAAUCACAAUGAGCUAUGAGGGUACUGCGCUCAGCUCGGAACUGGAAACCCAUGUUCGCGGAGAGGGCGCCGGCCUGGAAGGGAAGCAACCCCACGAUACAAUGAUCCAGGAAGAAAACCGGGAUAUCAGAGACCUCAUCAAGGUCAUGCCGGGUGCCCGGUGCAUCGCGAUUUUCCCUCUGUGGGAUUUCCAGCGCAAUCGAUGGUUCGCUGUCAAUGUGGUGUGGACGAGAGAUCCGGGCCGAGUGUUGUCGGAGCCAAAGGACUUGACCUACAUGGCGGCCUUCAGCAACAGCGUGAUGGCGGAGAUCUCGCGGCUAAAUCUGCAGGCGGCCGACCGCGCGAAGGCCGACUUCAUCUCGUCCAUCUCGCACGAGUUACGCUCUCCGCUGCACGGCAUCUUAGGCACACUGGAACUGCUAAAUGAUACGGCGACUAGUGUCACACAACGACCUUUGUUAGAGACAGUCUCCAGCUGCGGCAAAACCUUGCUUGACACCCUAAACAACCUGCUGGAUUACGGCAAGAUGAAUGCGCUAAACGACCCCCAGGGAUCCCAGAAGCAAAAUGAGUCAAAGUAUGAGGAAGAACGUCGUACCAGCAAAUCCCAGGGACCGCCCGAGCAGGAAGAGGACCUGAGCCUUAUUGUGCAGGAAGUAGUCGAAGGCUUGGUGGCGGGCCAGGACUUCUUCUGGAGAACCACCGAGACCAAGCCCGAGAAAGAGAGGAAAGCGAAGGAGAAGAAGCCUAAAGGCAAUCUCAAGGAUGUUAUCACUAUUGUCGACAUCAAGUGGCAAGAGAGCUGGCUUUGCAUGGUCAACCCGGGCGCCUGGCGCCGAGUUAUCAUGAAUCUCUUUGGCAACGCCUUGAAGUAUACCGAAAAAGGCUGUAUCCGACUGCGCAUGGAGAACAGCAGCAUGCUCCUCGAAAACGAGAAAGUCCCUGCUGUCCGGAUCGUCAUCACGGAUUCGGGUCGCGGGAUGUCCGAGGAUUAUAUUUUGCAUCACCUGUACACGGCAUUCGUCCAAGAAGACACCAUGUCCCCUGGACUAGGCGUGGGUGUGCACAUUGUGAAUCAGAUCGUCAAAUCCAUGUCCGGUCAAAUUGAGUUCAACAGUGAGCUUGGUGUUGGAACCGAAGUCAGUCUGCUGAUUCCGAUUACCAUGAUCACAGACAAACCGGCGACAUCGUUGGCUUCGUCGAGGUACGAAACCCUCAAGAAGAGGUUGCACGGCCGCACUGUUGCACUGUUCACGAAUACUUUCCGAGCCAACGACCUAAAGGUGAAACCGGAGUUUGUGGACAACAUCGUGACCAACCUUCGUAAAAUGAUCAGCGACUGGUUUGGCUUGCGGGUGUUGACGGCGGACGAGCUGGAAGGACAACCGGCCGAUAUCAACAUCAUCACCCAGGAUGAGUACAGUCGGAAUUACAACCCGGAGGCCACCGGACCUGGCGGCCUUUCCCCAUCAGUCUCAGUCAGUGUGGGGUUCCCAUUGAUCGUGCUGAGCGCGAACGCUACCAAGGCGGCUGAUCUCCGGAGCGACCGGGACGACGUUGUCUUUUUCUACCAACCUGUGAGCCCCAAGAGUCUGGCCACCGCGUUCGAGACGUGCCUUGACAUCAAGGAACGUUCUGGAGACAACACUCCUGCACGAAUGCAGUCAACGCCAUCUCCUCCUCCUGACGCUCAGAUCCAGCUGCCAGAGCCUGCAAUGAAUGGCUCCAGGCCCCAGUCUGCCGAGACCCAAGACCCAGUCAACAAGAAAAUGGCGGUCCUUCUCGUCGAGGACAACGCUAUCAAUCUCCAGCUUCUUGAAAUGGCCGUCAAGAAGUCCAAAUUCCAAUACCAUUCGGUGUCCAACGGGCUCGAAGCGUCUGAGGCCUUUCGACGCUUGGCAUUUGAUGCCGUGGUGAUGGACAUCUCAAUGCCGGUCAUGAAUGGGCUGGAGGCCACCCGCAAGAUCCGGCAGUGGGAGCGAGCUCACCAUUUGGAGCCCACGGUCAUCAUCAUCCUCACGGCGGGGGUGUCGCCGGAUAUCCAGCAAGAGGCGCGAGCCAGCGGAGUGAAUCUGUUCCUGAUGAAACCGAUCUCGAUCGCCAAGUUGCAGGGGGUUCUGCGCGACAUGCCCGACGCGAAGAAGGGGGCCCUCUUUUAA